GUUUCCGUGUCAGCCGUCGCGGCUCCGGCAUAUGCAGGCGCGGCUCAACGAGUCCGGCGGGGAGGGGGUAGCCAUGGAGGAAGCGGCUCUAACUCUCCCCCGCUGACAUACCCUGUCCCCAGUGCUGCCGGCCCGCCCGCCAUCCCGUUCGGCCGCCUCGGGAACAGUGUGCUGCGGCGGCCCCGUGUUUACCCCAGUUCUUAACAGGUAGCCGCGUCUGACGGCAAGUGAGGGUUGUGGCUUCCGGGGAUGUUAAUACGCAUGCUCGGAGCGUUGGCGCAUGCUCAGUAACGGCAAAGUAGCUGAUCCUGACACUCCGCCGCCUCUCCCCAGCCCAGCUGGAGGAGCCAUGGACAAAGCCGACAAGAAUGUUAAACUGUCAGCUGAAGUAGAACCAUUUAUUCCUCAGAAGAAGGGUCCUGAUACACUUAUGAUAUCUAUGGCUCUCCCUAAUGAGAGUGGAGGUGUUAAUGGAGUGGAACCAACUCCUAUUCCUAGCUACCUGAUUACUUGCUACCCAUUUGUACAGGAAAACCAGGCCAACAGACAAUUUCCAUUAUAUAAUAAUGACAUCAGAUGGCAGCAGCCAAACCCAAGCCCCACAGGACCUUACCUUGCUUAUCCUAUUAUAUCUGCUCAACCACCUGUCUCUACAGAGUAUACGUAUUACCAGUUUAUGCCAGCCCCAUGUGCACAAGUCAUGGGUUUCUAUCAUCCUUUUCCUGCACCCUACUCUGCACCCUUUCAGACAGCAAGUGCUGUAAGUACAGUUACAACCGAAUGCACUGAUCGCCCAAACCAGCCAGGCCAGGUCUUUCCAUUAUCCAGACAGCGAAGCAAAAGCAGUAACAGGGGACCAGCUGCGCAAAAGCAACUACAGUUACAGGCACACAUAAAAAGCAAAAGGGCUCCAGUGAAAAGUGUGGCUAUCCAAAAAGAGACCAGUGCAUCAGGCCCUGAGAACAGAUCAAAAAUUGUGCUGUUGGUUGAUGCAUCUCAGCAAACAGAUUUUCCUUCAGAGAUAGCUAAUAAGUCACUUUCUGAGAGCUCUAGUACAAUGCUAUGGAAAUCAAAAGGCAGGCGAAGACGUGCAUCCCAUCCUGCUGCAGAGUCCUCCAGUGAACAAGGGGCCAGUGAAGCCGAUAUUGACAGCGAUAGUGGUUACUGCAGUCCUAAACAUAGCAACAAUCAGGCUGCUGCUGCCGCCAUAACUUCAAAAAAUAUAGAUUCUGGUGCAAUGAAUAUUGUAGAACCAUCAAUAAAUGCAGCUGCCAUAAGUUGGACUAAUGUAAAUUCCCAGGCAACUCAGAAAAAACCUUGGAUAGAAAACCCUCAGACAUUUUCCAGAGGUGGAAGACCAGCUGAACAGAGAAAUAGUUCACAGUCUGGUUUCAGAUGCAGGGGACAAAGCACAUCUUCAGAAAGAAGGCAAAAGCUUCAGAAGCGACACGAGAAGCCUUUAACCACAAGCCAAUCAAGCAGAGCAGAACAAAGUCCCGAACCCUUGUACUUUGAGGAUGAAGAUGAAUUUCCAGAGUUAAAUAGUGACAGUGGAAGUGGCAAAGGUGGUAACAUUCAGCAAAAAUUUUCACCAAAAGUACUGGAUGAUUUACCUGAAAAUUCUCCAAUCAAUAUAGUCCAAACUCCAAUUCCUAUUACAACCUCUGUACCCAAACGUGCAAAAAGUCAAAAGAAGAAAGCCUUGGCAGCAGCACUUGCCACAGCUCAAGAAUAUUCAGAAAUAAGUAUGGAGCAGAAGAAACUCCAGGAGGCUUUAUCAAAAGCAGCUGGGAAGAAGAGUAAAGCUCCCGUGCAGCUAGACUUAGGGGAUAUGUUAGCAGCGCUUGAGAAACAGCAACAAGCAAUGAAAGCCCGUCAGCUCACCAAUACCAGGCCCCUCUCAUACACAGUUGGCGGUGGUGCACCUUUUCAUACCAAAGAAUCUACCAACAGAAAGUCAUUAACUAAAGGACAGCCAUCUGUGGGUUGUCUUAAUCCUUUGGACUCAACUGCUCCAAAAGUAAAAAGAGGAAAAGAGAGAGAAAUUUCCAAACUAAAGCGCCCGACCGCACUUAAAAAGAUUAUUUUAAAAGAGAGAGAAGAAAAGAAAGGACGCUUAUCUGCAGAUCACAGUCUUCUGGGAUCUGAUGAACAGAAAGAGGUGCAUGUAUGUUUGACUGAUGACCAGUCUCAGGAGUUAGCCUCUCAAGAAGAACCGGGGCUAAGUAUGCCUAGUGAUACUUCACUCUCUCCAGCAAGUCAGAACUCUCCAUAUUGCAUGACUCCAGUGUCACAAGGCUCACCUGCCAGUUCAGGGAUAGGUAGUCCAAUGGCAUCUUCAACAAUCACUAAAAUUCACAGCAAGAGAUUUAGAGAGUAUUGUAAUCAAGUUCUAAGUAAAGAAAUAGACGAGUGUGUGACUUUGCUAUUGCAAGAGCUUGUCAGCUUCCAGGAACGCAUUUACCAAAAGGAUCCCAUGAGAGCUAAAGCAAGGAGAAGGCUUGUUAUGGGUUUGCGUGAGGUUACUAAGCACAUGAAGUUAAACAAGAUAAAAUGUGUGAUCAUUUCUCCUAACUGUGAAAAAAUCCAGUCAAAAGGUGGAUUGGAUGAAGCUCUGUAUAACGUAAUAGCCAUGGCACGAGAGCAAGAGAUUCCUUUUGUCUUUGCACUUGGACGUAAAGCUCUUGGUCGUUGUGUGAACAAGCUAGUUCCUGUUAGUGUGGUGGGAAUCUUCAACUAUUCUGGUGCUGAGAGCCUGUUUAAUAAGUUGGUCUCGCUGACUGAGGAGGCCAGAAAGGCAUACAGAGAUAUGGUUGCAUCGAUGGAGCAGGAGCAGGCAGAAGAGGCCUUAAAGAAUGUUAAGAAGGCACCCCAUCACAUGGGUCAUUCUCGUAAUCCCUCUGCAGCAAGUGCUAUUUCAUUCUGUAGUGUUAUUUCAGAGCCCAUAUCUGAAGUGAAUGAGAAAGAAUAUGAAACAAACUGGAGAAACAUGGUGGAAACAUCUGAUGGGUUAGAAACCUCUGAAAAUGAGAGAGAGUCCUCAUUUAAGACCACUGCACCAGAAAAAUCUAGCAGUGUUCAAAUUGAGAAAGCCACUGUUAACAAACAGCCACUUACAGCUACAACCGGAACUACCUCAACUGCAAGUCAUGGAAAAUCCUUGCCAAGUGACAAAGAAGAGGUGAAGCCAGAUGACAAUCUGGAGUGGGCCUCACAGCAGAGUACAGAGACAGGAUCUUUGGAUGGCAGCUGUCGUGAUCUUUUGAAUUCCUCCAUGACCAGUACCACCAGUACUCUUGUACCAGGAAUGCUUGAAGAAGAGGAGGAGGAUGACGACGAAGAUGAGGAGGAUUACACCCAUGAACCUAUAUCGGUAGAGGUUCAACUUAAUAGCAGAAUUGAAUCUUGGGUCUCAGAGACCCAAAGAACUAUGGAAACCCUUCAACUUGGGAAGACCCUUAGUGGUGCAGAGGGAGACAAUGCAGAACAGAGUGAAGAGGAAGAGUUAGAAACUCCUGAGCAGGUAGAUCCAGUAAUUGAUGGUGAGGAAUGGACAACUGAUAAGCACGCAAGUAAUGCCCAACAUAAACCCACGAUCAGCAAUUCUUUGAAUAAAGAACACACAGAUUCCAAUUACAUGUUGUAAAAAUAAGCACAAACUCAGGAACUCUUUAAAAUUAUAAUUAACUGUUGUAAGGGUUGCAGCCAUUAUUUUGUAUGCUUCAUCUCAACAUUUUGCACUGUUUAACAUUUAAUGUAUGUAUUUAAUUCACCACAAAUAUUUGUAGUUGUCUUUUGUUAAUUGUUUCAUUAAAACCUAUAGUUUAGCUUUUAAUCAGUAUCUGUGUAUUUCCCAGAAUUGAAACCAUCUGUGUAAAAAUUUCAGUCAGUAUUAGAUAUUCACUUGAGCUUCUUUUGUAAACGGAGAAACUAUUUAUAAAUGACCAAUUGUAAGCAAAAAUCUUCUUAAAUUUGACUGUUUAUCUUUUUUUCAACACAUGAGCUGAUCUAUGUUUUAAGACUUGCAACAGUUACCAACAUUUUGCAUUGCUGAUACCCCAAUCAUUUUAACCUGAUUGGCCAUAAUUUUCUAAUUAUACCAGGAAAUAAAAUGGCUUCUCUAUAAAGAGAAGCCAGAAAAAUCCAAAAACAUUUUUCUUGCAGUCAAAAGGAAGAGGAGAUUAUAGAGAAAUGUAUGCAUGAUUCUUAUGCUAAGACAGAUGCAGCUUUUAGUUGGGUCUAUGAGGGUAUAUCGCAAAAGAUGCGGACUGUAAUGAGAUGGUUACAAUAUGCUAGAAUAACUUUAACCCAAAACCACAUAGCAAAAUGUAUGUGUUUGCUUUUUUCCAAUGAAAUACUUAAAAAUCACUGUGUGCAGAGUCACAGUAAGGGAACCAUUAACCAUGACCACCAUCCAUGUUGUUCUUAGUAACUGACUGCUUCCUUAUUCUUUCACUUACCUCAGGAAUGCUGAUGUGCAUAAUUUUAUUUACAUUAAAUAAAACAGGCAUAAGUGAUCUGAGUAUUUAACAGUAAGUGUGACUGAUAUAAUAGCUAAGUGUAUGGUUGUGUUCACUUGCAUGCUUUGAUUCUGGCCACUUUUAAGUUCAGGAUCAAUUUUAGGAUUAAUUCUCAUUGAGAAUGUGAACUCUUGUUCCUCAGUUGUAGCAGCCUAAUAGUUGACUUCUAGAGUAGUAAAGUAGUUGUUCUGGGAAGGCAGGAAAGUGCCUUGGAGUUC